AUGGCCUUUCCGGGAGGCCCCUGGACUCUCUUCGCAGCUGUUUUCCCCCUCUUCCUCCUGGCCCUGGCACUCCCCAAGCAGGGAUUAAACUUGCCCAAAGCAGAGGAGAAUGGUAAGAGCCGGCUGGGGUUCCAGGCUGGAGGCGGGAGGCUGCCUGGGCCCCUUCUGCUCCAAAGCGGGAAGGGGCUGGGGCUCACUCCGGGUGACCUCGAAGGCUCCCCUCCCCAUUCUGGUGGUGCCUCUCCGGGAACCAGGGGCCAAGGUCUAGAAGGAGAUUCCGAGGGUGGGGGUGGGGUCUUAGUGGAGAAGCUACACUUAGUUGAGGGUAAAAUCUGUGAUUCCCAAAGUGGGCGCUACCACCCCCUUGUGGGUCCUGCAGCGAUCCAAGAAGGCGUUCUGGAUCAGCUGGAAGCUUUGACCAUCAAUCCCCUGGUGGACACUGCAGCACUGGACCCAGGACAGCCAGCCAUCCACGAUGACAUCGGUCACUACCAACAGCUGGCACUUGUUGACUCACCUCCCCUCUGUGGGCCUUUGGAAGAACAGUUGCAAAAAAUGAUAAAGCAGCUAUGGGAGCUGGGAGCCAGGGUGGCAGAACUUAGGGAGCAGAAUCUGGACCUGUGGGCGAGGGUGAAGCAGCUGGAGUCCUGCGAGUGCCGCAGACCUCCUUGUGCCUGGCAGGGGCAGGAGUGGCCAGUGGGAACCCGCUGGGAGCCGGAUGCCUGCACUCGCUGUGUCUGCAUGGAAGGGGAGGUUCGGUGCUCCCUCAUCAGGGAGGUGGCCCACUGCCUCGGCUGCAGCCACGAGGGCCGGACCUAUGGCAGCGGGGAGACCUUCUCUCCUGAUGCCUGCACCACCUGUCGCUGUCUGGAUGGGACUGUUCAGUGCAUGGAGGCCUCGUGUCCAGAGCUCAGCUGCCUGGAGAGUUACAUCCCACCGGGGCAGUGCUGUCCUGUCUGUAGGCCAGGCUGUGAGUAUGAGGGUCAGCAUCAGGAGGAGGGGGCAGCCUUCCUGUCCAGCUCCAACCCUUGCCUUAGCUGCACCUGCCUGAAGAGCCUGGUUCGCUGUGUGCCUGUGCAAUGCCCACCUAACCCCUGUCCUAACCCGGUCUCAAGGCCUGGACACUGCUGCCCAAGCUGCCAAGUGUGUGUGUUCAAUGGAGAGGAGUUUGCCGAUGGGGUACAGUGGCAGCCAGAAGGGCAGCCCUGCACUACCUGCUCCUGUCAACAGGGGAUUCCCGUGUGUGAGGCUGUGCCCUGCACCCCACCUCCUUGCCAGCAUCCCACUCAGUUCCCAGGUGCCUGCUGCCCUGGGUGUGAGAGCUGUACGUACCAGGGACACAUCUAUGCCAACGGACAGAACUUCACCGACCCCAGCCACCCAUGUCACACCUGCCACUGUGAGGAUGGGACAGUCCUGUGCGCUCCAACUGAUUGUCCACCCACAACCUGUGACAGGCCCCAGAAAGCACCGGGCCAGUGCUGCCCUAAGUGUCCAGACUGUGUACUGGAGAAUCGGGUAUUUGUGGAUGGUGAGAGCUUCCUUCAUCCCCGGGAUCCAUGCCAAGAAUGCCAGUGCCAGGGCGGCUGGGCUCGAUGCCAGGCCCGUGCUUGCCCAGUGCCCCUCUGUGCCCACCCACUUCCUGGCCCCUGCUGCAAGAGCAGAUGCGAUGGCUGUGACUUUGGGGGGAAAGAGUAUCCCAAUGGAGCUGACUUCCCCCAUCCUACGGAUCCAUGCAGGGUCUGCCACUGUAUUAAUGGGAAUGUGCAGUGCCUGACCCAACGGUGCCUGCCACUGCCUUGCCCAGAGCCUUUCUUACCUCUUGGAGAGUGUUGUCCACAGUGUCCAGUGCCCCCAGCUGAUUGCUUAGUCCCUGGGAUGCCCUCUGCCCAUCACCAACAACACUUCUCCCCACCCGGGGACCCAUGUCGCCGAUGCCUCUGUCUCAAUGGUUCCAUCUCCUGCCAGAGACUGCCUUGUGCCCCAGCAGUCUGCACUCACCCCCUUCAGGGGGGCUGUUGCCCCUCUUGUGAUGGCUGCUUAUAUGAUGGAAAGGAGCUGCCCAAUGGGGAACAGUUCACUUCUCCAACAUCCUCUUGUCAAAUCUGCCUCUGCUGGGAAGGAAGUGUCACCUGCGAGCCAAAGUCCUGUGCCCCUGCCCAGUGCCCCUUCCCUGCCCAAGGGUCCUGCUGCCCAGUCUGUGAUGGAUGUGAGUACCUGGGGCAGUCGUACCUGAGUGGCCAAGAAUUCCCAGAGCCUGAAGAACCAUGUAGCCACUGUACCUGCACUGGGGGCUUUGUCUCCUGUGGCCGGAGACCCUGUGACCAGCCAAGCUGCAGCCAUCCACUCACCUUGCCUGGGCACUGCUGCCCAACCUGCGAUGGUUGCCUCUAUAAUGGAAUCACUGCUGCUUUAGGAGAAACCUUCCCAGAUCCCACUGACUCUGCUUGCUCCUUCUGUACCUGCCAAGCAGGCUCUGUGCAGUGCCUGAAGAAGCCAUGCCCACCGGCUCUUUGCUCUCACCCCACCCCAGGGCCCUGUUCCUGCCCUAAUUGCCAAAGCUGCAGCUUUGAGGGGCAUGAGCGCCAGGAUGGAGAAGAGUUUGAAGGGCCAGUGGGCAGCUGUGAACAAUGUCACUGUCAGGCGGGGAAUGUGUACUGUGAGAGGGUUCGAUGCCCCUCGCUGCCCUGUGCCCUCCAAGUGGCAGACCCUGGGACCUGCUGCCCCCGCUGUAGAGGAUGCCUGUCCCCAGAUGGGGAGCACCCUGAGGGCAGCAGCUGGACCCCUCAGGAAACUCCCUGCUCCUCCUGCAUGUGUCAUGAGGGCAUCAUCACCUGUGCCACCAUCCGCUGUGUCAGCUCCUGUGCCCAUCCCCAGCAGGGGGCUACAGAUUGCUGCCCGCUCUGUGAUGAUUGUGUACACGAAGGCCAGACUUAUAGGCCGGGGGACAGUUUCCAGCCAGGCAGCGACCCCUGUGAGGUCUGCAUCUGUGAGCUGUCGGCAGAAGGCAUCCCACGCCUGCGCUGCUACCGGAGACACUGCCCCAGCUUGGUGGGCUGCCCUCCCACUCAGCUCCUAGCCCCUGGCCCUCAGCAUUGCUGUCCAACAUGUGCCCAAGCCCUGAGCAACUGCACUGCCGGCCUGCUGGGGAGUGAGCUGACCCCCCCAGACCCCUGUUACACCUGUCAUUGUCAGGACCUGACUUGGCUCUGUAUUCACCGGACCUGCCCCCAUCUCAGCUGCCCUCCUGCCGAGCACUACAUUGUUCCAGGGACCUGCUGCCCUACUUGCCGUGCCCCCAGCCCUUCCUGCUCCUAUAAGGGUCAUGCAGUGCCUUCAGGAGAGCACUGGGUGGUGGAUGAAUGCACCAGCUGCUCUUGCGUAGCAGGCACCGUGCAGUGCCACAGUCAGCACUGUUCCCUGAUUACCUGUGACCCUGAGGAAGCCCCCGUCCUGGAUCCGGGUCGCUGCUGUCCCCGCUGCCUCCCCCGCCCGGCUUCCUGCCUGGCCUUUGGGGACCCGCACUACCGUACCUUCGACGGCCGCCUGCUGCACUUUCAGGGCUCCUGCAGUUACGUGCUGACCAAAGACUGCCACGGGGGAGACUUCAGCAUCCAUGUGACCAACGAUGACCGGGGUCGGAGAGGGGUGGCCUGGACCAAGGAGGUGACGGUGCUGUUCGGAGACUCCGUCAUUCGGCUUCUGCAGGACCAAGUGGUCGUGGUGGAUGGACAUACGGUAUCCCUGCCCUUCCUGAAGGAGCCCCUGCUCUAUGUGGAACUGAGAGGAGGCACCGUGUUUCUGCAUGCCCAGCUGGGGCUUAAGGUGCUGUGGAAUGGGCAGUCCCAGGUGGAGGUCACCUUGCCAGGUUCAUACCGAGGUCGAACCUGUGGGCUCUGUGGGAACUUUAAUGGCUUCACACAGGAUGAGCUGCAGGGCCCCUCCGGGCUGCUCCUGCCCUCUGAGGCUGCCUUUGGCAAUAGCUGGCAGAUCCCAGAAGGACCUGGGCUCAGCCAUCCAUGUGCCCCAGGUCGAGAAGUCGAUCCAUGCCGUGUGGCAGGCUAUCGAGCCCGGCGUGAGGCCAAUUCUCGGUGUGCCGUGCUGAAGUCAUCAGCAUUCCAGCUGUGCCACAAGGCUGUGCCCCCUGAGCCCUUCUUUGCUGCUUGUGUCUAUGACCUGUGUGCCUGUGGCACUGGUGCUGCUGCCGAUGGCUGCCUCUGUGAUGCCCUGGAAGCCUAUGCCACCCGCUGCCGCCGGGCAGGCGUCACUCCCGUCUGGAGAGGCCCCACGCUCUGCGUGGUGGGCUGCCCCUUGGACCGAGGCUUCCUCUUUGAUGAAUGUGGCCCUCCCUGCCCCCGGACCUGCUACAACCGACAUGUACCUCUGGGUGAACUAGAAGCCCACUGCAUAAGGCCUUGUGUGCCUGGCUGCCGGUGCCCAGCGGGGCUGGUGGAGCACGAAGCUCGCUGCAUCCCUCCCGAGGCCUGCCCUGCUGUCCUGCUCACCGAGGACCCGGAGCCUCCCUCUGGGGGACACCUCCAAAGGAAAAACUGAGGGUUGUGGGGGAGUGGGCUUGGAACUGGGGGGCUCUCCUCCCAAUUCCAGGCACUCCCCACCCUGACAUUAUUCCUCUGGAGUCCAGUCUCUCAUGGACCGAUGGGCCAUCACCUUCUACUCAGCUCCAACAGCAUUCGCCAUCCAUCUCCCUCCUUAAAGUGGCCCAGGGAGAGGGGCCGCUCGCAUGCACAAGGGCCUUGCUGGGUUGGCCCAGGUGCUGCUCAUCUUGGCCUAGAGAAAUGAAAAGAGGGAGCUGGGGAAGUGUGCCCUACCCAGGGACAAGGAAGAGGGCGGCCAGACCCCAAGGGAGCCUGUUGCCUUUGUUUGAAACAUUAAA